AUGGACGUAGCAAUGGUGGAUUCGAGCUUGGACCAUCCAUUCUUUGAUGACGCCAUAGAAGCAAUACACAACACCAUACUGCAAGAACAUCGUCAGCAUUUCGAUCACCAUAUCAGCUCAACACUUCUGCUUGAAGAGCUCCGUCGUACAUCCGCUGGCAAUGGGUCGGCAGACCGAAGACUAGUCGUCUGCAGUCGAAAGUUUACAUUGUUCAUUCGCACCUAUGCACCCUACUUCGAUGUCCUUGGCACGUGUAUCAAAUUGCAGUCAGCAUGGGCAGGCUGGUUCUGGGCAACUGUUCGAUUGGUCUUCAAGAUGAGCGGCGACUGUGUGCUUUUCAUGGAGAAAAUUGCCGAUGUACUUGAAGCUAUUUCGCAAAUCAUACCACCUUAUCAGGAAGUUUACAACAUCUGCAAGCGAAACGGAGCCGAGUCCCAUGGCGAGACUGAAGAUCGUCAUCUGGCUGCACUUCUGUCUUACGUAUACGCGGAUCUUGUACAGCUGUUCUUGGAGCUAUAUUGUAUCUUCUGUCGCGGUGCACAAAGUACAUCCAUUAGUGGUACGAACGUCCUCCACGGUGAGACACUAUGGCGACCCUUCGAUUCCCGAUUUGCCCACCUUGAAACACGGCUAGGCCAGCACAGGAGGUGGUUAGAAGCAGAAACCGCGGACCAGACUCAAUACUACGCAGACAUCUCACAGCACCGCAGAAGUUAUAUCGACUUUUUGCAGCGUCAAAACGGAGUCAUGGUCAACGGUCGUGUGGAGCAAGACGAACAACGGCUUGCAAAGCGGUUGAGGAGAGUGGAGAAGGCACUCAACAAACUUGUCAAGAGUCCUGCGCUUGGCUCUUACGCGUUGCCGCAUACACCCAAUGGAGGAGUCAGCGCUUUGAUAGCAGCACGGCAAAUGACCAGGAAGCUUUAG